AUGACAGAUGGCAUUGUCGUCCUUGAAGUAACAGGAGUUCACCCCGUAAAACUGCCACAACGUAGGAAGCGCAUUGUCAUCCAAAAUAGUGCAGUAGGCAUCUUGCAUGGGACUAAUGUCGAUGUUGUUCCCUACACGAUAUAUACCGGCGGAGGUUUUUCUUUUUUUCUUACAGCGUCAAUCCUUUACACAGCUGUUGUGAAAGGAAAAGUGGCCUUGCCUUGCGAUAUAUCACCUCCUUCAGCAGAUGAUGGCGUCGCCCUUAUUUUAUGGUACAAGGACGAAGCCCCUUCACCCAUAUACACGCUAGAUGCGCGUCAAGGGACAUUGGAGCAAGCCCGUCAAUCAGCCGUUUCCACAUUGGACCAUCGUGCCUAUUUUAAUAUGAUCAACAGGCCUGCCUUUCUGCAGCUGGACCCCGUUCAGGAAGAAGACGCGGGGGAGUACAGAUGUAGAGUGGAUUUCCAUAAAGCCAGGACAGUCAAUACCGUGAUUACACUAAAGGUUAUAGUUCCACCUGCUGAGCCAGUAAUAUACGACGACGAAAGAAGAAAAGUUAAAGGAAUAAUUGGUCCGUACAACGAAGGGGAGCCAUUAAAGCUUCUCUGCGAAUCAGAUGGUGGAAAACCAAGACCAGCUGUGACGUGGUGGCGAGAUUAUGCUUUGCUGGAUGAUACUUAUACAUUUGUAACUGGUGACAACUCAGUAAGGAAUGAAUUAGAGAUAGAUGAAUUGAAAAGAAAUGACUUAUUAGCAGUUUUACAAUGCCAGGCUUCCAAUAAUAACAUCACUGUGCCAGCAUCUGUUUCGAUAACUUUAGAUGUUAAUCUGAAACCUUUGCUAGUCAAAGUUGAACCUCAUAAGCGGCACGUCUAUGCUGAAAGGGAAGCACAACUUAAAUGCACAACAACUGGUUCUCGUCCGCCUGCUGUGAUCUCUUGGUGGAAAGGUAGUAAAGAGCUAAAAACUGGUCGGACAGAUAGUCAGACAGGCGAUAUGACAAUUAGUUAUCUAAAAUUUAUACCAUCUGUUGAAGAUAAUGGCAAAUAUUUUGCAUGCAGAGCACAAAACCCUGUCAUACCUGGAAGUUCAAGAGAAGAAGGGUGGAAUUUAGAAGUAUUUUAUGCACCCCAAGUAACACUCCAACUGGGAAGUACUUUUCGCCAAGGUGAAGUCAAAGAAGGUAACGAUGUCUUCUUUGAAUGCAACAUUAGAGCCAAUCCAUGGGUUACAGAAAUUUCUUGGUAUUUUGAGGGACGGGAACUUCGCACGAAUACAUCAGCCGGCAUCAUUAUUAGCAAUCAAACCUUAGUACUACAAAAUAUUAACAGAACAAGUAGGGGGAAUUAUAGAUGCUCUGCAACAAACGCUGAUGGAGUGGGUACCAGUAAUGAAGUUUUCCUACGAGUAAAAUAUGCACCAGUAUGUAGCCUAAAUCUUAGAAGAGUAUACGGAGUUGGGAGACUAGAGGCUGUGAGAGUUUUGUGUGAAUUGGAAGCAGAUCCACCUAAUCUAGAAUUUCAUUGGAGAUUCAAUAUAUCAGACAGAAAUCUAGACAUUUCUGACUUUACAUCCAGUGGCAAAGAAAGUGUGGCAACUUAUAUUCCUAGAAGUGAUGAUGAGUAUGGAACGUUAUCCUGCUGGGCUACAAAUGACGUCGGAUGGCAGAAAGAGCCAUGCAUGUUUUCAAUUGUUCCUGCUGGUCCUCCAGAAGCAUUACAGAAUUGCACAGUGGUUAAUCACACAGAAAACUCAAUCCAGGUUGAUUGCAUGGAAGGUUAUAACGGUGGUUUGCCUCAAGUAUUUACAAUUGAGGUUUACGACGUUGAUAUUGGAAAGCUUCGGUCGAAUGUCACUUUGUCACAAUCAAGCUUUACGAUUCAAGGUUUGCCGAGUAACACUGCUUUACAUUUGGUAAUAUACUCAAGUAAUCUAAAAGGAAGAGGACCGCUUUACACUUUAGCGGCAACCACUCUCCAAAGAGCUGAAAAAUUAACAGGAAUGGAAGGCAUUAUCAUUAUUCGACCGGUACUAGGCCUCCUCAUCGGAAUUGUAGUUGCUUUGGUGAUUAUUGCCCUCAUCAUCAUUGUAGCCAUAAAAGUCAAAAAAAGGAGAAAACAGAAAGAUUGCCAAGGUGUUAUUGGACUCUCUGAUAAAUCUCAAACUCCUUUAAAAAAGGAUACAGAUGAUAUGCCUGAUGGAGAAGAGAAGGGUCCAGAUAUAAUACCUGCAAAUAUUAUAAACAGAGCUUAUUACACAGAAGACCCGAAGGAAAAUUCUCCAUCGGGUAGUGCCCUAGCAGCCCGACGUUGGCCAGAAUCACCACCACACGAAUCUAUAGAAACGUCACUAACAACAUCUACAUAUAGAAAGCCUCCUGAAGACAUAACAUAUGUAGAAUUAUCAUUACCAAGGGAACAUCACAGUGUAACGUCUGUAAGGCGGAAAGACCCUCCUACAGAAUACGCAAAUAUAGAUCUUCAUAGCCACUUACAUCUUCAGACUAUUGUUGUUGAGAGGGAAGAAGACGAAGAAAUGGGUAGCAAUACGUGUGAAACCCCUCUCAUGAGCAACAGGCGAGAAAGUGCCGUUUGAACUAGAUCUGUUUUUAUAAGGGACUCAUUUACUACAAACCUCAUAUGCGAGAGCAUAAAAACAAAUAUAUCAAAAUGAACACGAAGUCGUACAGAGCAGCUUGCAAGAAAUACAAAGAGAACUAAGAUGUUCUACUACUUACAGUGUGGUAGCUACAAAAGGAGCAUACAACCACGUGUCUUGGGAAAAAUUGCCACGAGUGAACGUUCGAGAAUAUAUCACCUAUUAUUAUUGUAUGAUUUUUCGAAUGCUUAUUUUACUUGAUUUAUUUCUUGAGUGUUACACGAAAUUUUGGAAAGUUGAAAUUUUCUACGCUAUUAAAAGGAAAAUUAAAACUAUUUUGUCGAGGCUCAGCAGUGAAUUAGGCGAUUUUAUAAUCCACAAUGAAUGAUUAAAUUUGCUUAGUUGAUAGAGAACAUAUGGUAGACAUGAAAAAAAUUAAUUUAAUAAACAAAAAAAUACAGAAGUAAAUAUUUAUUUUCCAAAUUUUAUAUUCUUUGGAAACGUAAAGAACUAGAAAAUCUUCAAUAAGAGCAUUUCCAAUUAUAUUCGAUGGAUCCCUUACUGAAUGUAGCGCUUGAACAUUGUGUUUCUGUUUAUACAGAGCAUAUGCACUUUGUAUUAUUAUUCACAACCCCAUAGUAACUAAAAAAUUAUUCAUUUUAAUGUUUCUACAAGAAAACACUAGCAUCAAUUUUCCUAAUCAAACUAAAACUGCUGCUAAAUCGCCUGAUUCACUGCCACAACAUGAAGGAAAAAAAUUUAAAACAAGAGAUAAAUGUUUUACUACUUUUAAAAUAAAUUGAAUUUAUUUUCUUUCAAUUUAAAAUUUAUAAAGGAUUAUUAACGAAACCGAAUAAAUUUGUUUAGCUUUACGAAAUUUUGGGAAAGAUACAAAAUGAUAUCUAACAAUAGCCUUCCAAUUUCAUAAGUAUGUUUCUUUACAUUGUUUCAGAUCCUUAUCAUUUCAAAAUAGCUAAAACAAGAAAGAAAUUUUAAUCCACUAAUUCUCAUAACAAAUUAAAUUCCACAGAAUAUUGCACAUUCAUAAUACUUAUACAAUAUCACGCUCCAUUUCAUCUGCGUUGUCGGUUAUUUAUUAGAGUAGUUUGUAUUCUUGUUUUUUACUACAGGAAUUAUAAUUUCAAUUUUUAAAAAAAAAACAGAUUAUUUAAAAGAACAAAUUUAAAUAAUUUAUAGACGUUUUAAAAAAGAGUGAUACUUAGGGAAAUCAACCGAAAAUUCAAAAUAAAGCUUUCAUUCUGCUAAAUUUUUAAACAAUAAGAGUGAAUCACAUAAUUAUUACAAUACAAUAAAUGUUGAAAGUUUAGGCGGAUAUUGAAUUUAGCAAUUUAAUAUAUGUUCCAUAUGAAAGAAAAUGAACAUUUUGAUGUAGGAAUCUAAACUUGUAUUUUGCCUUCGGGAUUAAAAAAUAACUUAAAUGUAACGAAAUAUAAGAAUGAAAUUUAUAAUUAUUACAACACAAUAAAAAAUGUAAUUUUAGUGAUUCAAAGAUUUAUAACAUUCGUUGAACGUGAGAAAAAAUCGGAAAUUUGAAUCCGAAUUUUUAAACCCAGAGAAUAUUUAUAAGAUUAUUCCGGUUCUGCUUAUUCACUUUUCCAAAUAAGUAACAAAUAAUAUGGAAUUGCAAACAAUGUUUUGUAUUUUAACAAAUAUUAUUGUUAUUUUAUCCCUUGUGACAACUAUUUUGAACAUAUUACUCAGAUAUUUUUUAAUCGCAGUUUAUUUUAGGGGAUUACAAUUGAUCCUAAUUAAUGUUUAAAAGAAAGUUUAAGAAAAAAAGUAUAUGUGCAAGUGACAACAGAAUAAUAUGAGUAUAAAAUUAUUUUUUUUCAGAAAGUAAUUUAAAUCUUUUUUUCCUUAGGAAAAUAAUUUUUUUUUAAAUUUUAUAAUGUAUCCAUAAAAUUUAGUUUCAUUAUCUCAUUUUCUUUUAAAACAAUUUAUUAACUUCGAAUUUGAAGGCUUCUUAUGUUUAGAAUUAUUCACCAUUUUUUAAUUUAUUUAACCUUUUUGUUAAAAUUUUUACUAAAAUUUAUAAACGUUGUUACAUGACUUGAUAAUCAGCUACGAUAUUGUGUCGAUAAAGAUGAUAAAAAUAAUAAUCCUAUUAAUAUAUAUAAAAGUGUUUUUGCUUUGAAUUUUAACAAUAAAAAUGUAUG